AAAAUCGUGGUGAAAAACAGACAGGGGUAGACGAUACUCCAGGGCCGCGAAAGCCUGAAACAGUGUUGCCAACCGUCGCGUCGUCAGUUUGGCCAACUUACAAGUCCGUGGCGAAGCCGGCCCCCCCUUUGGUGAGAAUGCUGAAGUAGGUGCCCCACACCACGGCCGAGAUCAUGAGCACCAGCGGCGUGAACUGGACGAAGUUGCACUCGCUGGCGGGCCCCCACGUCGUCAUGGUCAAGUCAAUGGCGUUGGUGCGGUUGGUGGCGUUGGGGACGGCGCCCGCGUCGAAGACAAGGUGGGACUUCAACACGCAGUUGUACCCGAAGUUCUCGAGGACCCUCCCGAAGGUGAAGGCAGUGAGGAGGCCGCACACCGCACACCCGAUGCAGGCCAGAAUGUGGGCAGCUGAAACGUCAAUUUGGCACUAGGACGUGGGGCGCUUUGGGGCGGUUACCCUUCCAAAAUGAAGACACUUUGGACGUCUGCCCCUCGACAAUUUGGUAAAACUGGUCCACCACAACCAUUUUGACAUCGCAACCUUCAUGUGGUGAUGGAAUCAACAAAAAUAAACAGCGAGUUUGUUUACAUGGGGCACACCUGUGAGGUAGGCAACACACAAUGCGCUGAAGCUUGGGCGCAGGAGCGGCCGCAGGAGACGGCACUUUGUUCAGUGUUUCAUGAAAUUUCAAUUGAAAUACAACACUUGUCUCGAUUUGUAAAUAGUGGAGGGUUUUGGUGCUGGUUUGUGCACAAGAUGACUAAAAUGAGGUUUAAGUGAGUCCAGGGACGCGAUGUUGGUCAUUUCCGAACACAGCUACUUGGGCGGGACGGAUGGGGGCACCGUAUUGGGCGCCAUCGCCGGCUUGGGGGCCCUCUUCCUCGUAUUCCUCCUCUACAUCAAGAACAAACGAUGGUGGUGGGGCUCCGUCGGAGGCAUGGGAUGCUGCGACGAGGCUUGCCCUCCUGUGUCCUCGCGCCCCGUCCCCUCACCUCCAGUGCCUGCAACUUCUUUCACUCCGGCCCCCCUCAAGCACAAGUUAGUCAAAGCAUAUUCGUUCGAUGGGGGCGACUCGAGUUCCGAGUCCGAGAUGGGGGGUUCAAAAUUCCGUUCAACGCUAGCGUCCGGUACCACGGGCCCCUAUUACCCCCCUCGGCAAGUCCACGACCUCAUUUCCCUGGUGGAGAAGGGCAGGGUUGGUGUCAGUAGCAACAGUUCGUGUUGCAGCUCUACGACCAGUUCCGUGGGGGAGAAACAUGGGGUGCCUGCGACGAGGGUCACAGCCCAGAUCAACGAUAAUCACGGGAGGCUCUCGACGGAUUUGCGCGAAACGAAAAUAGACAAUCAAGGGAUUGAUUAUCACAAGAUCGAAACUUCAUCAACCAUCGUCCAGACGGACAUCAACAGUAACCGAGACUGUAUUGUCGUAAUGAACACCGACACGGAUGAGAGAAACGACCUAAUGUGUUGUAUCAGAUCCGAACCUGAAACGCAGCUAGUCAACAAAUGUGGUCAGCUGGAAAUCGCCCUUUUGUAUGACGCGCCCAUGCGGAAAAUGACGGUUCACGUCCUUCAGGCAAGGGAUAUACCCAGUCGGGAUCGCGGUCAACCCACACACACGCAGGUGCGGUUGAUUUUAUUGCCUAGCAAGAAGCAGAAACACAAAACCAAGAUUCGAUCGGGCGAGAAUCCGCAAUAUAUGGAAAGUUUCGUCUUACACCGUGUCAAUCCAGAGGACGUGAAUUCAAUGGGGAUCCGCCUCCGGUUAUACACAUGUGAGCGGAUGCGACGCGAGCGCCUGAUCGGAGAGGCCGUCGUCGGUUUCACUCACAUCAACCUCGAACUAGAGAACAACUUCUGGCUCAACCUCGAGCCAAGAGUGGACACGACGUUGACAGGUUGCGCCGGGGAGCUCACGAGUCUGGCCCGGUCGGACAGCACGGGCUCCACACACUCCAUGCAGCAUGGGGGCGUCCCAGAACUACUCCUAGGGCUGUGCUACAACGCCACCACCGGUCGACUUAGCAUAGAGGUGGUGAAAGGGUCGCAUUUCCGGAAUUUGGCCCUCAAUCGCGCCCCGGAUACUUACGUCAAACUGAAUUUGGUCAGUAGCACAGGGCAGGAGUUGGCACAUAGCAAGACCACGGUCAGGAGGGGGCAACCCAACCCCCUAUUCAAGGAAACUUUCGUUUUUCAAGUGGCGCUGUUCCAACUCGCCGACGUGACGUUGAUGGUGUCGGUUUACAACCGGAAAGGUGUGACAAAGAAGAAGGAAAUGGUUGGGUGGUUCAGUCUCGGUUUGAAUUCCAGUGGGGCCGAGGAGUUGGCGCACUGGAUGGACAUGAAGGAGUCCCAACAGCAGCAGAUUUGCCGUUGGCACAUUUUAGUCCAGUCAUAGCCACUACUCACACAUAUCAUCUAAUUUGUUCGCGUUUUGUGACCAUUUUAACGGGGUUUCGGUUUCAGGCAGUAAUUUUAUUGGUUUGAGUAGAGUAGCGAGUGAGCAACUGCCAAAUUAUUGAAUUGGUUAAAAUGGUUAUUUGAUACUUAAAUUUGGAACUAUUAACAUAUACGCUAACUUGUCUAUGCCUUAUUAUUAUAUUAUGUAGUGUUUAGAAUGGAACGGAUGUGAAGGGCUCGUGAUUGAUUAAAAACUGUACAUUCCGUUUGCCAUUCCUUAAAUUUUAUUGUGAUAUUAUAAUCGAAUUUGAAAUGAACCGAAGAUCAAAAUGGUAGAAAAAAAGCCUCUGAUGCGACACGGGAGCACUCUGUAGGGGCACAAUCAAAGCGACUUGCCAAACAAGUGGAUUCAAAUGCACAAAUUAAAUAUAAGCUUCAGGAUUGACUAAGAACUCUGUAGGGAUGGGUUUUAGCUUUACGUAAAUGCUCACAUUUUCAGUAAUUUUCAUAACUUCCCGGGAAAUCAUCAAAACUACUGAAAAGUUGAUGUGGUAGUGACUGUCAAUGACUGUGUCGUUAGGUUGGCAACAAAUUUGAAAUCUUGUCAGUGUUGCCAAUCGUAUUUACAGUCACUAUAAUGAAAUUUUUUAUCUCAACUUUACAAUUACCAAAAAUCGAUCAUAACAAGACAUUUUUCUUGUUGUCUCGCGGUCUUGUUACCUUGUGGAGCGAUUUUUGGGACUUGGGCACGGGUUUUUAGAAAUUAACUUUAUCGAAUGUUAGACAUUUAGGGAUAUUACGACAAAAAUAUAGCAUAAGUACAAAACUCAUCCUCAAGGGGUGUAUUAGGGAUUAAGGGCCCCAACGAGGCUAAAAUACCGAAGUUUUGGCCUUGUUGGAUAAUUUUUGGUAAUCCCCUGUGCACACUUUGCGAGCCUUGUACAUGUAUAAAGUUUGAUACUUAUAUUUGUAAAAUAUUGUCAAUUUAAUGUGUUCAUAAACUAAUGGAAACCCUUUCAUGAAUGUGAUUUAAUGUGAUUGGAGUUAUUUGCUGAUCUUAUGAUACUAGUGUUAAAUCGGCGGCUGAAACCGCUGAAAGCCACCCCGAGUCGUUUAUUUUCGUUAAUUUGGGUGGUUUUCAGU